GACAGUGUCUUUACAGUAUCUGACUGUAGAACAACAGAUAUAGAUAGAGUUCUGAAGAGUUUUAGGUCUACUGAUAUCAGUAUCAUUGAAAGAAAGUCUUUUUUUCUCUUAAUAAUCAAAAAAUAGUGGAUUCUAUCGUUUUAAAUAUUUUGAAUAGUGAUCGUGUACGCACACAAAUUGUUAAUGUGUUUCAAUAAAAAUCGAUUGACGUAAUCUAUACGACCGGAAGCGAAAAUAUAAAUACAAUUAAAAAAGAAUAUAAAAUCUGAACUGUAGACAAAGUAAUUUCUGUUCAUUGGCUUAAAUUCGGGAAUAAAUCAAAGGUUUUUUAAUAUAAAUUUGAUGAUCGUUGUAAAAACAUAAGCCCGUUGUGCUGCAGUUAAUUCAAAAAGUUCUAAAAUUUUAACUGAGAAAAUCAAUAAAUAUAAAAAAAAUAUAAAAAUCUUUUUUUCAAGACUAUUAAAUUUAUCGUCUGCGGGUUAUCAAAAGUGUAUGUUGCACUAAUCGACUAUUGCGAGAAUAUAUAUAUACAUGUGGAUAGAUAUUGAAGUAUAUUUAUACGUUUUAUUUCGUGAAAUACAGAUAGACUUGGAAUCGUGAUUCAGUUACAUAUAAAGCUGAAUAAAUUUAUUGAAUGACAUUCAAUUGAGAUUGUACGACAAUAGACAUUUCCUCAUUUCUUUUAAUAUCAAGUGGACGCGGUGUAUCUGCUAUUAAGUAACAAUUUAGAGUUAUCUGCUCUGAAGAUAAAAGACUAUUUUCCAGAAAUAAAAAAAAAAUCGAAUUAAAGGAUAACCCGAAGUAUUUAAAUUACGAAAAAGUGUAGAACGACAUAUGAAUAAAUUUGAUUGAACUCUGAAUCCUUGAUUUGACGCACGCUUUUAUCCAUUUUGAUUUUGAAUGUCCGAAUGUACAAGUUGUUUCGACGGUUUACUACGAUAAAAACUCUAGUUUCAAGUAAAUUACUAAUUGUUUUGGGGAUCAUUUCAAGUGGGAUUGAGUUGUUGUGUGAAUAAAUUAUCGUGAUUUUCAUAAAACAACUAAAGAAAUCAUCAAAUAUUACUAUCCAAGUUUUUGAGAGACUUAUGUCAGUUAUAAUUCAAAAAGAUUUGAAUUCUGACAAAAAUAUCUUUGCGUGUUCUGUAAAUCAUCAUCUAAGCAGUAAUAUAACGUAACACUUGUUUUAUCUGAAACAUUGAGAGGAAAUGAAAUCAAUGAUACUUGUGGGGUUGCUCCUUGUUCUCUCUAUAGGGGAACAUGAAGUGCAUAGUCGGGCCAUCGAUGACAUGGAUAAUUCGAUACAGGGCGCCGGCAAUGGAUUCGAGGUGACGAAUUGGGUUGAAAUGGCCGAAAAACCACCAGCAACUUACAAACAACAGCCUGGAGAGCCAAUUGAACUCGUAUGUGAAGUAUUAGGAUCGCCAACACCAUCUGUGCAAUGGAUUCAUGGUUCAAUGCCGCUUAAUGGGUUGAAUGAUUAUAAAACUAACAUCGUAAGCGAAGAUAACCCCGCGUCCAUCACACGAGUGCGAUCAGUAUUAUAUAUCCCACGUGCAAUUGCUGCAGAUACAACUUUCACGUGUGUUGGACAAUCAGGUGGCAAAACCGUUUUUGCAUCUACAUUAGUCAAACGUAGCAUUCCAGCCCUACUAGCUCCUUAUGAUGCUAUGGCUUCUGAGAAAAAAACCGUAAAGAUUACUCAUAGCUAUCUGAUUGCUUUUGACUUGAUUGGAUCUAACAUUGUGCUCCCAUGCCGAGCUUAUGGCCAUCCUCGUCCUGAAAUUUAUUGGACCGGCAAAAAUGGAGUGAUCAACGGACAGGAUCCAAGAAUGAAGGUGAUGCCAAGUGGCGAGCUGUUAAUAACUGACCUUAAAUGGGAGGAUAUGGGAAAUUACAAAUGCGUAGCCCAAAACUCCUAUGGAAACGACAGCGUAGAGACGUUCGUCUAUCCAGUACUUAAAGAAGAGUAAAAGAGCAACGUAUACGACUCUCAGUGGAGAUGCUUUCUUCAAUUAACUGCCUAGGCCUAAAGUACCAAAUAACAACACACAUAUAAACUCUAGUGCUAUCAAUCAACGAACAUCAGUGUUAACAUUGCUUUCCCUGGGACUUAUGCCAAUUCCAAAGAAGGAAUCUAAAAUACUUAGCAUUACUAUAA